GACCGGCCAAUCGACGCGGCGUGCCGAGCGAUCGCCAUGCGCGCCGCCGCGCAGUGCCGGGGUGGUCAUUUCCGUUUUCGAUUUCGACGUCAUCCAACUCCGAAAGCCCGUGUGUUUUGUGUUUCUUUGAGGCCACAAUGAUUAUCGCUAAUUUAACGUUGAAACUUUCGAAAUUGGAAUUAGGUUUCUUCAUGUCUUAAAGCAUUCAAAAAUACAACCAUAAAAGAGCAAACAUUGCUGGUCUUAAGACACAAAAAUAAGCAACUCAUAAAGAUAGCGACACUGUUGUGUAUAAAAUAAAAAUUUAAGCAAACUAACUGACUCGCAACUGGAAUAUAACUCGAAAAAAUUAAAGAAACAUGGGCAUUCAAGAUUUGCAAACUUUCUUGGACGGUAAUUCUGUGCAAGGAGGAUCUAUACCUGUGGACUUGUUGAAGAUAGCACGUAUGGUUGCACAAAAAUCUCAACGCAAUCGUAUAAUUAAAGGACAGCAGUUACACAACUUUGGUAAAUUCAGAUUGGUUCUCGAUGGAGAGUGUUGUUUAGAUCGAUUGUAUGGUGGAUUCUUUUCAGAUUGGGCUUGUGGUGGACAAUGGAAUCGUAUGCUUCAGUUUCUUGCUGUUCUUAUACAAGCAAUGGAAAUGUCGGGAUUAGAAGUAACUGUGUUCUUUAAUGGUUGUUUUGAACCUCUUCGGAGAGCAGAUUGGGUGCAACAUCAGUUGCAAGUACGUGGUAAAGUUAACAAUGUCUUGAAACAUAUAACUACCAAAGGUACACCACCACCCAAAAUCUGGUGGACUUCUCCUGUAUGUUUACGAACCAGUUUACGUAUGGCUCUCAGACAUUUGAAUGUUACAGUUUUCUGUAGUAUGGACGAUCAUCAUCAAGAAGUUAUUGCUUAUUGUCGUGAGAAUAAUUACAAUGGAUUGAUAGCUGAUGAUGCGGAAUAUGCUGCAUUCGAUCCUCCACGGUAUUUCUCGUCUGAGCAAUUAAAACUUACAUACAAGAAAACUAUAUCACUGUUUUUAGUCCAUAAACUAGAUUCCAAAUCAAGCACACAGAUUCAGUCGAAUUUGUCUGACAUACCAUCAGCCACGGAAGGUUCCAACUUGGAAACAUCGAGAUUUGCUUCUGAAACUUUGGAGAGUGAACGUGAAAGCUUGAAUGCAUACAAACAGGCAACAGCUAAUGCAAAGACGGCGCCACAAAUUGUGAUCGAUCCACCUGGCAUACAAAGUCAUGGAGAUGUUGAUGCCAUACGUGCAGAAGAAGAGCAAAGUGAUGGACACGCUAUCAAUGGUACUCACAAUCUUCUGAUAAGUUCGUCGAGUUCGAGUAGUAGUUCUUCAGCGACAUCGCCAUCCCAUGCAACGACUGAUAUUGCGAGACAAUCGGAGAAAAUUACCAAUAUUCCUACUACAUCACCUGAAGUUAUGCGUACCGCCUCGGAACGUCAUCAGAAGGGACUCAUGUCACCGUACAUCUAUCAAAUUCUUAUUGCUGGUGAAAUAAAAUUGCCUGUUCUUUUGGAAGAUGAGAAUCAUCGUGAAUUUCCUUCCAUUCAUGUGAUUUAUAGGCCAAUUCGACAAAUGGUGUAUGCGAUUUUAUUCAAUCUCCAUCAUCGAAUGUAUCUAGCUACGAAAAGCAAAGAAAAAGGUGAUAAUGAGAAGAUUGAGGUACCAGAUGUGAUAAUAAAAGAAUGGAUAUGGUCCAAAUCCAAUCCAUAUCAGACUCCUGAAUUAGUGAAAGCAGAGCAGAUUGGUUGGGGCGUGCCUACGAUUCAACGCUUAUGGUUUGGCACAGCUAUUGACGAUAAGCGACGAAGACUCAGAGGUUUCCUGACUUGUAUGAGAUCAGAUACGCCUCUCAUGUUAAAUACCUCAUAUGUGCCGCAACAUCUAUUAGUUAUGGCUUGUGUUUUAAGAUAUAUUAUGUCUUUUUCUGAUAAAAUAAAAAUUCUGCGCCGUCAAGAGUUAGAUGCUUUUAUUGCGCAAGCUUUUUCACCGGAACUUAUGAACGCUCAGUAUUUGCAGGAUUUGCAGCUUCCAUUAGUGACAUCACGUGGUGUACAAUUGGCUACUUUGUUCAUGGCUGGUGUUGAGACAGCAUUGUUAGCGAAUGAUGCUUGUGGUGCACCAAUUCCAUGGUUAAUGUGUUGCCCAUGGCUUUACUUUGAUGGCAAAUUAUUCCAUCAUACAUUAGCUCGUGCUACUAUUGCUAAGAAUUUAUUGGAAUUAUGCAGUGGUCAUAUUGACCGUGUUGUAAAAGUUGAAAGAAUGAGAAAAGCUAUACUGGAGGGAAUUACUGUUGUGUUUGCACGUCCACCUUUACCUGUCACACCAGGUAUUCGUGUAUCAGUUCCCUCCAAUAUCUUGCCUGCUAAUUGUACCAUUAAUGAUGGAUUGAUGCGUGGUCGUGGCAGCGGCGUAUUACCACAACGCAGUUUAAUGCGUCGUCCAAUUCCUUCGCGUGGUGGUCAGUUGGAAAUAGCUGGUGUCGUAGUGGGUCAGUGGGGCCCAAAUUAUGGACAGCCUGGUCGAUUGCCACAACCACUACAGGGACAACCUCGUGGACGAAUUCCACCACAGGUAACUUCUAUCGGUGGACUUAAAUAUGGUCUUCCUCGUGGAUUCAAUCCGAUAAAUCGACCAACAUUUCAAACACGCGGGGCUAGCCGUGUCCCAAUCGCUGGACGUGGCAAGAAAACACAAAUGAAGGUGACUGGCAAAAAGAAAACUACUAUUAAGAAAACCAAGGAAACCGAGAAGAAAGAUAGUAAAGGCCGCGGUAUUAUUAUUGAUGGAAUCACUGAUUAUAAUGAAACUCAAAUUGAUAACGCUCGUGCAUUAUUGACGAAAGAUGCACAGCCAGUACCAGGUCAGUUUGAUGAUGCGGUAGAAAAUGGUAAAAGCAUGGAAAAGGGACAAGGCGAUGCGCCGGUUGUUACUCCAGUUGCCACGGAAAAUUAGAUAUAGAAAAAAAAGUUUCUCGAAAAAGAUGACUGCAAUCACUCCCGAAUAAUGACUAAAGACUGCUAACAAUCUUAUAUGUUCUGAGCAAUUGUGUACCAAUAACAUUUAAUUGAUCUUUAAAAUUGUUACACAAAUAUCUUUAAUAAUGUUUAAUUAUGAAG